AUGUCAUCUUCAGAUAUAUUUGAUGUGCUAAAUAUUAAACAAAGAUCUAGAAGUCCAACAAAUGGCCAGAUAUCAGUGCCUUCAUCCUCGGCAGCCAACCGAGCCAAGCCCCAGGUUACGGGCAUGCAAAGAGAACUAUUUAACUUAUUGGGGGAAAAUCAACCGCCCGUCGUUAUUCAAUCCGGAAAUAACUUCAAAGAAAAGAUGCUUUCGACGUCCAAACCAUCUCCCUGGUCAUUUGUAGAGUUCAAAGCCAAUAGCUCUGUGACUUUGCGCCAUUGGGUCAAGGGUUCCAAAGAACUAAUAGGAGAUACACCAAAGGAAUCGACAUAUUCUAAGUUCAAUCAGCACUUAUCUAUUCCAUCAUUCAAAAAGGAAGAGUACGAGGCUUUUAUGAAUGAGACAGGAAAUCAAAAAAGCGUGGAAAAUGAAAAAAAUUCCAAUGACAACUUUACAAAUGAAAAGAAGAAUGAAGAUAAAAAUAGCUGGACCUUUGAAGAAAUAGAAUAUCUUUUCAAUCUCUGCAGAAAGUAUGAUCUACGUUGGUUCUUAAUCUUCGAUAGAUACAACUAUAAUGAUUCAAGAACACUUGAAGAUCUCAAAGAAAAAUUUUACCAUAUAUGUAGGAACUAUUUCAAGGCAAGUAAUCCUAGCAAUCCGCUUUUAUCUUCUCUGAAUUUUUCAGCUGAGAAGGAGAUAGAAAGGAAGAAAUAUUUACAGCGUCUUCUCUCUCGUUCCGCAGCAGAAAUUGCUGAAGAGGAGGCACUCGUAGUAGAGUCAAAAAAAUUUGAAAUGGCUGCCAAGAGAACACUCGCAGAAAGGGAAUCACUGCUCCGACUAUUAGAUUCGCCACAUUCAGAUCAGACAAUUACACAAUACCUUACAUCUCAGGGAAUGUCUCAGUUAUAUAAUGCACUUCUAGCGGACAAAACUAGAAAGCGCAAGCACGAUUCGAACAUCCCUGAAAAUCCCUGGAUGAAGCAGCAACAGCAGUUUGCCCAACAUAGACAACUUCAACAAAUGAAUGUGAAAAAACUGGAGGUCAAGGAAAAUCUCUCCCCUAAGAAAACCAAAAGACAAAGGCAAGAGAUGCAAACGGCGCUCAAAAGAAAAUCCGAAAGCGCAUACGCCGAACAAUUGCUGAAAGAUUUUAAUUCAGAUGAAAGGAAGGCGCUGGGUGUGAUUACGCAUGGUGAGAAGCUAUCGCCGGGUGUAUACUUAAGAUCUACAAAAUUAUCAACCUUUAAACCUGCGCUACAGAACAAAAUUCUUGCCAUCCUCCAAGAACUAUCGUUACCUUCUCGCCCUGUGAUGCCUUCAUAUGAUGUAAUGGAAAGACAAGAGGAGCUCUUGAAAAAAAUCAAUACCCUUAUCGACUUAAAAAAACACGUCGACAAAUACGAGGCUGGUAUGUCUAUCACCAAGUGA